AUGGCUGAAAUUGCCGAUAAAUGGGGUCUGGAUGAGAUAUCCGUUCCCAAGCGCCAGAAACUCUUUCGAGCUCUCUUUGCUGAAUUCCUGGGCAUCUUCAUUCUCAACCUCUUUGGCUGCUUAUCAGCUACCUGUGGAGAUCCGGCUGUUAUCUCCAUCACCUUUGGCCUCGAAGUCUUCAUGAUAAUAUCGGUAUUGGGUCACGUGAGUGGAAGCCACAUAAAUCCAGCUGUAACUGUUGGCUUUGUCGUAUCUGGCCAGAUGCCAGUUGUUCGUGCUAUUCUCUACAUCCUGGUACAAUGUCUGGGUGCUGUGGCAGGGACAGCUGGACUUAAGGUGUUCCUACAUGAGUCUCAUCAUGGACUUCUUUGCCACUUGUAUCUUGAUCCCAGCAUCACUGUCCUCCAUGGUGUUCUCAUUGAGUUCUUCCUCACUUUCCUGCUCAUGCUGGCCGUCUUGGCAGUCAGUGAUGAGAAUAAAUCAGAGUCCAAGAUCACAGGAGCACUCACAGUGGGAUUAGUUGUGGUGCUGGGAAAUUUAUCUGCCAUUAAGUACACAGGAGCCUCCAUGAAUCCUGCUAGAUACUUCGGUUCGGCCUUUAUUGCUCAGUCCUGGGAGAAUCACUGGGUGUACUGGGUGGGACCCCUCAUGGGGGCCAUUGCAGCCUCCCUUGUCUACAUGCCAUUGUUCAAAGCGCCCAAGCUCAAAAUUGGAUGAACAGGACACCGAUUUAUUGUUCUCUGCAAUUUCUUGAAAUACUUCACAGGAGGGGUUCAAGAACAUAGAGAUUAUAAAAUAGAAUUUAAUAGAUGGUAUAUUAAAUUAGUUAACAAUAUAUGAGAUAUUUUGUUGAGCAAUUAAUGCUCAUGGAUUCAUGCAAUUUUCUUGUUAAUUGUACAAUUGAGUAUGGGAAAUAUACUUACAAUUGGAGAGUAGUAAUCAGUGUGUUUAUUGCAAAAUUACUAAAUACCGAUGAGAUCGUUAGAAAAGGGUUUGAUUGUUUGGAUUGUUUUUUAUAUAGCUAAUUCUCAACUGAUAAGCUAUUAAAUUUGGUAAGUUGAAUAAUUAAAUUAAUUAGGUGUUUGGUAAUUUGAAUUAUACGUUUCAAGUAAAGUGAAAUUACCUUUUGAACUUUCAAGGUUGGUAAAUUGUGGAUCAUUUCGAUAGACCUCAUUGAUCGCUAUUAAUGUUAAUGUGUUAUCUUUAUUUUAAAUUAGAAUUCUCCAUUUAACUUUUGAGUCUCCCAUUAUUAUUUUCUCUCAUUAAAAUUCUAACUUCUUUUUAAUUAAUUUAAUUCAUACUAAAAUGAUGAAUGAAGUUGUUUGUACACAUUUUUUUACGAUUUUCAACAAUUACGAUUUUCUUGAUGCAUUAAAAGUUUCUUGAAAUUUUGGUAACAUUAUAAAAAGUGUGAAAAAUAAUUUUUCGAAAAUAACCUUUUAUUUGAAUUAAAGAAUGUGAUAAAAUUGGCUGAAGAAGGAGAAAUUAUUACGAUAACGAGGUUAGUAUAAACGUGUUUAUUGUAUUAAGCAAACUGACGGGUUGUUGUGUUGAUUCCUUAUCUUUACAUUGAACUUAAAAAAGUGCAUCUUGUUUUUGAUAAAAAUUGUUUGCAUAAAAAUUCUUAUCUUUUAAUCGCAAUAAUGUCAAUUAUUCUAGAAGUUGUCUUUAUCUUUAUUUAAAAAUAAAUAAAGCCAAUUACAAAAUAAAGCUGCUUUUAAUUUUUUUCUGAUAAAAAAGGAUUUAUUGAAAGUUAUUUAUUAAAGCAUUUUUCUAAUUAAUAAAGAUGAAGAAUAUGCAACAAAGGAGUUGCAACAAAUGAUGCCUUUGAGAUCUUAUUUGCAACAAGAAUGACGGGAUAUUGUAAGCUCCGCCCAUAAUUUAUUAUUGGACACUCCCCUUUCAGAAGUUUAUGGGAUUAGAGUACACAAUUUUAAUAUUUACCAAUGACACGAGUAUACCUUUUAAAUGGGUAAAAUUUCAUGAAAUCAAAAGUCAUGUCCCUUUCUUUCUCUGAAGAUCUGCAUAUGUCUAUCCUACUCUUUCGCACUCUUCUUCUUCUUCUUUAGAACACCACGCUAAAUUGAAUUCAGGUCGGUCCAAUUUUGAGUCCGAAAGAGUGGACUAGACGUACGCAUUUUUGUUGGAAAGUAAAGGACGCAAAUUUUGAUUUUAAAAAAUUUUACCGAUCUAAAAGAUAUGCCGGAGGCAUUAAAUAUUUAUUUUAAAAAUUUUAGAAUCUUUAAAGUGUAAGGAUAGUUUUUGAAAUUCAUAUUUUAAGAUUUUAAAUUUAUUUAAAAAAUAUUAAGUAGAUAAAUACAUUUUCCUAUGCUACCGUAGACGCGGGUGACAUUGCCCUCUGGGGAUGACUUUGCACUUGAUUGUUCGGAAGCUUAUCUUUACUUCUAAAACUUAGAUCAAGGUCACCACCGAAUCUAUCUACUAUGUUCGACCGAUACAGAUCAUCCUAAAGUUCUAAAAUUAAAGAAAACCUUACGGAGGAUCAGGGUGGCAAAGUCAUUCCCUGAGGGCAAAAUCACCCGCAUACGGUAAUUAUGAUAUU